UCUUCUCUUUGGGUCGCUUUUGGCAUAUCCCUGUUCCUUCAUAUGAAGUAAACCCAGAAAAAUUGAAAUAAUUCUAAAGAUGCUUAUUGUUAAAAUUGAAUUGAAGCUUAGGUUAAUGGAGUACAACCCAGAAAAUUAAAACUUCAAUUUUUUAUUCAGAUAACUCUCAUCUCUAUGCUGUCUUCAUGAUAUAGAUGCUUAUUUUGUUCGCCCCCAUUGAAGAGGAAAAGCUGAAGAUAAUGAUCUGUAAAGUUUAAUAUUUUGACUGUGAAUCCAAUAAACAUUGAAAUGACAUCUGCUGGCAAUGGUGAACAUCAUGGUAUUGUUGAGGAACCUAUGGGUGGUCAAGUUAAGACUCAUGUACCUCUGCAUGUUUCAACAUCUCAAAGGGGACUUGUAAGUAAUGAAAAUUCUCAGAGCCAUUUCCAGGGUAGUACUCUUGCUAUUCCCAAAAGGCUAAAGUUCCUCAACUUUGGUAAUUUGGGUUCUCCAUCCGCAAAGUUUCAACAGAUAGCUGAUCAAAGAGAUGAUUUUUCUCGAACUGUACCUUCUUCUGGCAGCCUUCAUCUCCGUCAACGUAUUACUAGACUACUUUCACGGAAAUUGGAUUGGCCAGCUAUUAGGAAAAUGUGCAAAGAGUGGUUCAGAAAUCCGCUGAAUAUUGUACUUUUUAUCUGGAUUGUAUGUGUAGCUGUUUCUGGUGCAAUUUUGUUUCUUGUGAUGACGGGGAUGUUGAACCAUGCCAUCCCUAAGAAAUCUAUGAGAGAUACAUGGUUUGAAGUGAAUAACCAAAUUCUUAAUGCAUUGUUUACUCUCAUGUGUCUAUACCAGCACCCGCAAAGGCUAUAUCACUUUGUUCUUUUAAUGCGAUGGAGGCCAGAAGACAUUUCCAGGCUGAGAAAGGUUUACUGCAAAAAUGGAACUUAUAAGCCCCAUGAAUGGACACACAUGAUGGUGGUUGUCGCAUUACUUAAUCUCAACUGUUUUGCUCAAUAUGCUCUGUGUGGGCUUAAUUUGGGUUACAAGAGGUCAGAAAGACCAGCUAUUGGGGUAGGAAUAUGUAUCUCAGUUGCAAUUGGUGCACCUGCCAUUGCUGGAGUUUACUGUAUGCUCAGCCCUCUAGGAAAAGAUUAUGAUACUGAGUUAGACGAGGAAGCACAACUUCGAACAACAGCUACCGAGAGCAGCAGUGCUAGCCAACUGAGAAGAAAAGCAUUGGAAAAGAGAUUUUCUUUUGCAUUAGAUGAAGGGAGACUUGUUGAAACUAGACCACAAUGGAGUGGAGGCAUUCUUGAUUUUUGGGAUGAUAUUUCUUUGGCAUAUCUCUCUUUGUUCUGCAGUUUUUGUGUUUUUGGUUGGAAUAUGGAGAGACUUGGGUUUGGAAAUAUGUAUGUUCAUAUUGCAACUUUUCUUCUGUUCUGUAUGGCUCCUUUCUGGAUCUUCAAUUUGGCUGCUGUUAAUAUUGACAGUGAUACUGUCAGGGGGAUAUUAGGAGUUACUGGGAUUUUUCUUUGUCUGUUCGGGUUACUAUACGGUGGUUUUUGGAGGAUUCAGAUGAGAAAAAGAUACAAUUUGCCUCCUUACAAUAAUUGUUGUGGUAAACCUUCUGUUGCUGACUGUGCACUAUGGCUUUUCUGCUGUUGGUGCUCUCUUGCUCAGGAAGUAAGGACCGGAAAUUCCUAUGACAUCGUGGAAGAUAAAUUUUGUAGGAAACUAGAUGAAAGUAUAUCACCAUUGCCUCGUGAAGAUGGGCUAUAUAAUACUUCAGGUUCUCCUCUUGCAAACAACUCCUCUUCCUUUCCAAUAAUAAAAAGCAGCACCCCAAACCCCAGCAGAUUUGCAGCUGAAGUUCAUAGUCCUGAUAGACAGCAACCCUUCGUGGAAGACAAGUCUCAUACAAGAGGUCAAAAUGCGAUAAUGAUACCACCUACUCCUUCAGUUAUACAAAGAGAAGAUGCGUAGCACAACAGUUUUGCAGUGUUGUGACAACCUGAACCAUAAACUGUAAGCUUGCCUGCCCAAUUUUCAUUUUAGCUAUAGGUAUGUUGUAUUUCUACAUUUUAAAUAUGUUGUACAAGUGCUGGUUGUGAUCAUCAUGUUUGGAUAU